AUGGAGGACAGAGCUAGUCAGCAAGAGCAAGAGAGACACAACCUUCGUCUGGAAAAGCUACAGCACUGGGCAAGGCACAGGCAGAGUGGGCAGCUCUUGGUGCUGGCGGUGAGCCAACUAUGGCUAGCAGUAGCUGUGGUGCCCCUUGCUGUCUCAGUUGCCUGCCUGAACUCUGCUUAUCACAUGGCCACAGCACUGCCGCUUGGACCUGGAGCAUUGGGUUUCCUCACUGGGAUUGUUACCCUUGAACUGCGCAGAGCACCCCACCUUUGGAAGGUGCGGGCCAUGAUGAUAUUAAACACCAUCAAUCUGAUCUUUGGCCUCAUCGUGGUGGUGGUUGAAGUGAUGAAGACAGCCUUGGGGCCUAACACAGCUGCUGCCUCCUCCGUGGUACAGCUGAACGGCUUGCUGGUGCUGGAGCUCAGUGCUGAGGCCUUCACCCUAGGCGGAGUGCUGGUCUCAGCAUAUUCCCUACUCCUGCUAAGCCAGAGGAAGCCAGGAUGCUGCAGGAGAGAGAGUCUACACUACCAGGAGCUGCAGCAGGGUCUCUCUGUGUUGGAGGAAGUUCCUGAUUUGGAGAAUGGUCCCGAGGUGGCUAGCACAGCAAACCGAACAACUGAAUAA